AUGACCACUAGUUACAAAAAUGCUUCUGGUGCCUCUCCCUCGGUCACAGAGCGAGAAGAAGAUGAUCCUGUUAUUAAGCUCCAACCUUCAAGACUAGAAGAUUAUUUUUUUCCAACACAUAGGCUUAAAUCCCGACUUGAAGAUAAUACGAAAGAACCUCUUGUUAUUGUCGCAUGCGGAUCUUUUUCACCAAUAACAUAUCUUCAUUUACGGAUAUUCGAAAUGGCAAAAGAUUACAUAAUAGAUAAUACCCAAUUUGAAAUUAUAGGCGGUUAUUAUUCCCCCGUAUCGGAUCAUUAUACAAAGGAAGGACUAGCACCUUCUCAUCAUCGAGUUCGUAUGUGCGAACUUGCUGUUGAAAGAACUUCUCAAUGGUUGAUGGUUGAUGCUUGGGAAUCUUUGCAGGCUAUAUAUACGCAGACUGCUUUAGUUAUGGAACACUUUAACGAGGAAAUUAAUAUCAAACGUGGUGGUGUUACGACAACAGAUGGCGAGUUCCGAAAGGUCAAAAUCAUGCUCUUAGCUGGUGGUGAUCUAAUUGAAUCAUUCAAGGUUCCGAAGCUUUGGUUGGAUGCUGAUCUUCAUCGUAUUUUAGGCAAUUAUGGAGUUCUUAUAGUUGAGAGAACUGGGGCAGACGUAUGGGCGACCCCAAAUCGGUAG